CCGAAUAAAGAUUGGCCACGGCGGCACGUUGGAUCCGAUCGCUACCGCGUGUUGCCAAUCUGCGUCGGCAACGGAACACGUUUGUCCGAAUUCGUAUUGACCGGAGACAAGACCUAUCUCCUGUCCGCUCGUCUCGGGGUCUCCACCGACACGUAUGACUCUGAAGGUAAGACCAUUGAGCAACACGAUCAUCACGAAGUCUCGCUGUCUCAAGUCAGAUCGGCUCUGACCGGUUUCGAUGGCGAAAUCGACCAGAUUCCUCCGAUGUACAGCGCCAUCAAAAAAGACGGACAACCUCUUUACAAACUUGCGCGGCAAGGCAAGAACGUCCCGCGCGAACCAAGAAGAGUGACAGUCAAAUCGCUGACAUUGACCGAAUGGGACCCACCUGAUUUUCAGUUACGAAUCGAAUGCGGCAGCGGCUUUUACGCGCGGAGCCUCGCACACGACCUCGGCCAAGAGCCUAGGUUGCGGCGCGCAUAUGACAUCGCUCCGUCGCGAAAGGGCAGGGAGUUCCAUAUCGAAGAUUCAGUUUCAAUCGACGAACUAACCGCAGGCGCGAACGACGACUCAUGGACGCGUCAUUUGCUAAAACCAGACUAUGUGUUGAAACACUUUGAUGCGAUCUGCAUUGGAAGCCAACAAACGGCAGCAUUCACGCACGGAAGAGCGAUUGACGUCGCUCACAAUUCGUCAGAAUCUGGAGAAGUUCAAGUAAGCGUAUACGCGAAAUCCGGUGAGUUGCUGGGUUUGGGCUUCCACGACGCAGCGACUAGCCGUUUGCGACCGGCGAAAGUGUUUCACGCGGCAAUCGAAUCGAGCGGAGCAACUCAGAUAUAG